AUGCUGGCCGUCGCGGCCUUGCAUCACCGCCACCAGCAGCGCCAGCCGCGACAUUUGCGCCAAUCAGCACGAAUCGCGACAAAAUCACCAGCAGCCCCAGCCGCUCCUUCGCCCGCCGUCGCUCUGCCCGUCGCAAUCCCCCCGCCCCCUGCCCGUCACCCCCCCCUCGUCCCGACUCCUCGUUCCCUCGUGCUGCCCGCCUCAUUCCCCCUUCCUUCUCGCCUAUCCCUCUUGCUACCCGCCCCAUUCUCCCUUGCAACCUGCCUCAUUCUCCCUUGCUACCCGCCUCAUUCCCCCUUGCUACCCGCCUCAUUCCCCCUUGCUACCCGCCUCAUUCCCCCUUGCUACCCGCCUCAUUCCCCCUUGCUACCCGUCUCAUUCUCCCUAUGCGCACCGCACCAUUCACUCGUGUUUCCAGCCUCGUUCCCUCCUGCUGCCCGCCCCAUUUCUCCUUGCUUCCCGCCUAAUUCCCCCUUGCUACCCGCACUAUUCUCCCUUGCCACCUGCCCCAUUCUCCCUUGCCACCUGCCCCAUUCUCCCUUGCUACCCGCCUCAUUCCCCCUUGCUACCCACCCCAUUCCCCCUAGCUACCCGCCUCAAGGUAGUGCUUAG